GGCCAUACCCCGGAGAGCCGGAUGUUGAUGGCUGUCCAGUGUGAGUGUUAGAUGCAGAGAAAACUGCGGAGAGGAGUCCGAUAAAUCUCUCUCCUGUUGAAGGUUUCGGGGCCGGUGAGGAUGCUCCGGUGGCUGCUCGGAGCCGCGCUGCUGCUGGCCCGGGCGGCCGGCUUCUACCUGCCGGGUCUGGCCCCUGUCAGCUUCUGCGAGCCUGACACUGGGAAAGAACAAGUUCCAGACUGCAAGACAUCCAUCGAGCUGUUUGUGAACAGGUUGGACUCAGUGGAGUCUGUUCUGCCUUAUGAAUAUACCGCGUUUGACUUCUGCUCAGAGACAACAACGAAGCGUCCAUCGGAGAAUCUGGGCCAGGUUCUUUUUGGGGAGAGAAUCGAACCCUCACCAUACAAGUUUGAGUUUAAGAAGCCUGCGGUGUGUCAGAAGGUGUGCACCAGAGACUACGACACCAGUAACCCAUCAGACAAAGCCAAACUGGACUUCCUGAAGAAAGGCAUGUUACUCAACUACCAGCACCACUGGAUUGUGGAUAACAUGCCAGUCACUUGGUGCUACGACGUCGAAGAGGGUCAGAAGUUCUGUAAUCCUGGUUUCCCGAUUGGCUGUUACGUCACAGAAACAGGUCGUGCCAAAGACGCCUGUGUGGUCAACUCUAACUUUAAUGAAAAGGAUGCUUUUUACAUCUUCAACCACGUGGACAUCACCAUCCAUUACCACGUCGUUGAGCAUGAACAGCUGGGAGCUCGACUGGUUGCUGCCAAGAUUGAACCCAAAAGCUAUGAAAACCCGAAUGAAAACAGCCCUGAUUGCACUGGAGGGCCAAAGUUCCUGAAAAACAAACACACUGGACAGUUCAAGAUCCCGUACACCUACUCUGUCAACUUUGUGGAAGUCAAGAAUAUUCGUUGGGCCUCUAGAUGGGACUACAUCCUCGAGUCGAUGCCUCACACCAACAUCCAGUGGUUCAGCAUAAUGAACUCGUUGGUGAUCGUGUUGUUCCUAUCUGGGAUGGUCGCCAUGAUCAUGCUGAGGACUCUACAUAAAGACAUCGCCAGAUACAAUCAGAUGGACUCUGUGGAGGAUGCUCAGGAGGAGUUUGGGUGGAAGUUGGUCCACGGAGAUGUUUUCCGACCCCCCAGGAAGGGAAUGCUGCUGUCGGUUUUCCUCGGCUCUGGAACCCAGAUCUUCAUCAUGACCUUCGUCACCCUGUUCUUCGCCUGUCUCGGGUUCCUCUCUCCAGCGAACCGCGGUGCUCUGAUGACCUGUGCUGUGGUUCUCUGGGUUCUCCUGGGAACUCCUGCUGGCUACGUGGCUGCUCGCCUCUAUAAAUCUUUUGGAGGAGAGAAGUGGAAGACCAACGUUCUGCUGACGGCCUUCCUCUGCCCAGGGGUGGUGUUUGCAGAUUUCUUUGUGAUGAACUUGAUCCUGUGGGGUGAAGGCUCGUCAGCAGCCAUGCCGUUCGGGACGCUGGUGGCCAUUUUGGCUCUUUGGUUUUGUAUUUCGGUGCCACUUACGUUUAUCGGAGCGUACUUUGGCUUCAAGAAGGCAGGUAUUGAGCACCCCGUGCGGACCAAUCAGAUUCCUCGUCAGGUCCCGGAGCAGUCCUUCUAUACGAAGCCUUUCCCUGGUAUCGUGAUGGGAGGAAUUCUGCCUUUUGGAUGUAUAUUUAUUCAGCUGUUCUUCAUAUUAAACUCCAUCUGGUCCCAUCAGAUGUACUACAUGUUCGGCUUCCUCUUCCUCGUCUUCAUCAUCCUGGUGAUCACCUGCUCCGAGGCCACCAUCCUGCUCUGCUACUUCCACCUGUGUGCUGAGGACUACCACUGGCAGUGGCGAUCAUUCCUGACCAGCGGCUUCACUGCUAUUUAUUUCCUGGUCUACGCCAUCCAUUACUUCUUCUCCAAGCUGCAGAUCACCGGGCUGGCCAGCACCAUCCUCUACUUCGGAUACACCAUGAUCAUGGCUCUCAUCUUCUUCCUCUUCACUGGCUCUAUCGGCUUCUUUGCCUGCUUCUGGUUUGUUACUAAGAUCUACAGUGUGGUCAAAGUGGACUGAAGGAUGCAACAGAAACACACCAGAGACUCUAUGUGACGAGAAGUUGCUUUCUCUGAGCUUCAGCAGCUUUCAGCAUCACAAACUGGACUCAACGUGAACCUUCACCUCCUCCUUUCCUCAAGACUCUUUUUACACAGAGGACUAUCUGACUCUUGUUUGUGUGCCUAAUAUAUUUCUGUGUGAGCAUGUGUACACCCAGUUGUGAUUUUGAACAUUCAGUAUCUUCAUGCAUAUAAUCUAAAUGAAACGAAUGAAGUGGGUUGGUGCUGCCCCGUGUGAAGGAGGCGGAGUCGGACUGACCAGAGAACGUUUCAGCCUUUCUGUUUCAUGUCGCACAUUUCAGGUUCGCUCCAGGAUCCGUGCACUGUUGCAGAUGUGGUCGGACAAAUAAAUGGGCUGCUGCAACACACACUGCACACUGUGUCCCAAAAUGUACAUUUCAACCCCAAAUAUGUCGAAAUGGGUCAAUGAGACUUUUGUUGUAUUUUUGUUGAGAUUUGAGGGUCACAACCAGUGAAUGAAAUCCACGUGUAAAAAAUGUGAGAUAAGUUUCAAGAAUGUAUUUCUGAUGCAUACGCAACAUCGCUUGUUUUGAAUAAAAGUAAUAUAAAUCCACAAAAAA